AUGGAGUUGCUGGUUCACGGCAUUACUUAUACUCGUGAUUAUUGGAUGGCAUCGCCCGAGAAAUACAAGCCGGAGAAGUAUUCAUGGGUCGAGCACGCGCUAAAGAGGGGUUUCCCAGUUCUGGCGAUCGACCGAAUUGGCAACGGCUUGUCAACUCACCCGGAUCCCAUCACGGCACUGCAAAUGCCGUACGAGGUCCAAUCAAUUCACUCUCUAAUUGAAAAGAUCCGCGCCGGCGCAACGAACGCGCUUCCACGUUCCUUCGACCAGAUCGUGUAUGUCGGUCACUCGUAUGGCUCUUCGUUGGCAAGCAAUCUGCUCAAGAUGUACCCUGAUGACGUCGAAGCUGCCAUACUUACAGGAUUUUCCAGUCACGAGCUCUCGGGAUCUUCUGCUGCAGCUCUUGCCUCGAGCCUUUCGCCUGCCACCAGUUUCGAUCAUCAGCGGUUUGGCACGCUACCUCCAGGCUAUGUUGUCACAGCCACGGAGCGCAAUCGGAGUGAUUUCUUUUAUCACGCACCUGGUCACCAUUCCGAACCCAAUCUUGCCAGCAUCGAUUUCGCUACUAUGGACACCGUUGGAAUUGGUGAGCUUGCGGGGGCGAACGUUGUGCAGGCGCCUAAAUUUCGUGGCAAAAUCUAUGUCCUCACCGGCAACGAGGAUAAGAUAUUCUGUGGAAAUAACUCGGACAUUUCUCAAGAUGGAAACUGUGGAUCUGGCGACCAUAGUAUCCUUGACGAGACUCGUCAGCUUUUUCCAGCCGCCAGCACGUACGACUAUUAUGCAAUCCCAGACACCGGCCACUGCGUCAACUUCCACUAUUCUGCUCCAGCUGCUUUCAAUCGUGUACACAAUUGGCUUGAGAACGAAGGUUUUUGA